UUUUCGCAAUUUAAAUCCUMGUUUUGCUGCGAAAAAGUGGAAGGACACUCACUUCUAGCUAAACGUGCAAGGACAUUAGCCAUCUCGUCAUGGGAUCCAGCGAGAGCAAGGUUGCUGUGGCCUCAACGCCCAARCAUGACCCAAGACAUCGCAUCAAACACGACCGUCUCUCUCAGCUUGUCGACCCACGGUCUCCAUCUGUAGCCAUUGACCGCACACCCAUUCAGGUGGGUGGAACUGUCUCCUGUGUCCCAGUUGUGGAGAGUGAAUGCUCCAUUCUAGCCAGCGACCCUCGGUCACCCUCAGUCGGUGUCACCCGCACCCCAAUGAAGGACUCAAUGAGAGUGACAGUUAGCUCCUUCGCCCGCAGCCUCAGCAUGCUCCUCCACAGUGACUCUGUAGAAAGAGUUGCCCCUGUGCCCUUUAACAAGUUUCCCAACUCAACGUGGAGGAAGAGGCAGUGGUAGAGGGAGGUUAGGUUCCAGUGAGCCCC